CGGAACGGAACGGGAAAAGGGGUCGGAGUCGCAGCCCGGCCGGGGCGGCGUGCGUAGCGGGACCCGAGGAGAGCGGCAGCCGAGGGAAUGCUGAGAUUCCUGGGGUCACUUUCUGAAAAGAGAACUGUUCUGUGAUGGCCCAGGCAGGCAGGAGCCAGCCGCAGUCAGAACCUGGUGCUUGGACUGUGAAUGCAGCAGUGUGAGGAAUGACCUUAUCUCAGCAGCCAACAGGAAAUGAUGAAAUGUGCUGGGAGAAUUCGGCUGGGAGAGGGAGGUCAGACCUACCAGCAGGGUCGGAAGGAGGCAGGUACUGAGCAGAUCUGCAAAGUUAGGCGGCUGCCGCUGGCGUCUGACAGAAACGUCUCUCUGCAGGUUUUGAGCAUCUGAAGUGGAUCCCUGAACCAGAGUAUCUGCUGCCAUCCCCUCAUCCUCUGCAGAAAUGUCUAUCACCUACGACGAGUCUGUGGGAGUGGAAGUGUCCAGUGACAGCUUCUGGGAGGUUGGGAACUACAAACGGACUGUGAAGCGGAUUGAUGAUGGCCACCGCCUGUGUGGUGACCUCAUGAACUGUUUGCAUGAGCGGGCACGCAUCGAGAAGGCAUAUGCACAGCAGCUUACUGAGUGGGCCCGACGCUGGAGGCAGCUUGUGGAGAAGGGACCACAGUAUGGGACUGUGGAGAAGGCCUGGAUGGCUGUCAUGUCUGAAGCGGAGAGAGUGAGCGAGCUGCACCUGGAAGUGAAGGCAUCGCUGAUGAAUGAAGACUUUGAGAAGAUCAAGAACUGGCAGAAGGAAGCCUUUCACAAACAGAUGAUGGGAGGCUUCAAGGAGACCAAGGAAGCAGAGGAUGGCUUCCGAAAGGCCCAGAAGCCCUGGGCCAAGAAGCUGAAAGAGGUAGAAGCAGCCAAGAAAGCCCACCACACAGCAUGCAAAGAGGAGAAGCUAGCCAUCUCUCGUGAGGCCAACAGCAAAGCAGAUCCAUCCCUCAACCCUGAACAGCUGAAGAAACUGCAGGACAAGAUAGAAAAGUGCAAACAGGAUGUCCUGAAGACCAAGGACAAGUAUGAGAAGGCCCUGAAGGAACUUGAUCAGACCACACCCCAGUACAUGGAGAACAUGGAGCAGGUGUUCGAGCAGUGCCAGCAGUUUGAAGAGAAGCGCCUGCGCUUCUUCCGGGAGGUUCUGCUGGAGGUCCAGAAGCACUUGGACCUGUCCAAUGUGGCUAGCUACAAAACCAUUUACCGAGAGCUGGAACAGAACAUCAAAGCAGCCGAUGCAGUAGAGGAUCUGAGGUGGUUCCGAGCCAACCAUGGGCCAGGCAUGGCCAUGAACUGGCCACAGUUUGAGGAUGAAGAGUGGUCUGCAGAUCUGAAUCGAACUCUCAGCCGGAGAGAGAAGAAGAAGGCUGCUGAUGGUGUCACCCUAACAGGAAUCAACCAGACAGGGGACCAGGCUGGACAGAACAAGCAUGGCAGCAACCUUAGUGUCCCGAGCAACCCCGCCCAGCCCACGCAGUUACAGUCCAGCUACAACCCCUUCGAGGACGAGGACGACACGGGCAGCACCGUCAGUGAGAAGGAGGACAUUAAGGCCAAAAAUGUGAGCAGCUACGAGAAGACUCAGAAUUACCCUACUGACUGGUCUGACGAUGAGUCUAACAACCCUUUCUCUUCCACGGAUGCCAAUGGGGACUCGAACCCAUUUGAUGAGGAUACUACCUCAGGAACGGAAGUGCGAGUUCGGGCCCUCUAUGACUAUGAGGGGCAGGAACACGAUGAGCUGAGUUUCAAGGCUGGGGAUGAGCUGACCAAGAUAGAGGAUGAGGAUGAGCAGGGUUGGUGCAAGGGACGCUUGGACAGCGGCCAGGUUGGCCUAUACCCUGCCAACUACGUCGAGGCUAUCCAGUGACAGGCCAUGGGCAGGCUGGUGGAGAGACGGAAGUGGGCCUUCAGGAGCUCCGUUGGCCUCGGCCUGUGCAGCGACACCUCUAGUUCCCCCAGCAGCCGUCUAGGCAUCCACUCCACCUGCAAAAGAUGAUGGUUCUGUUGUUCUUGGCUUCCUGGUGUAUUUGAAGGCAGAUGAGCUGGUGAUUUCACUGGGGACUUGGCCCCUUUCCAAGCACAUCUGGGCAGAUAUAGGCACAGGAAGAAACACAUGAUCCAACAGCAAAAGCCAAGCCCCUCCCUACCCCUACCAGCUCUCUGUAUCAUGGAUCUGCACCUUCUUGCCCUUGCCUCUCCUGAGUCAAUGACGGAUCACACUGAUUCUUGUUACACUGAUUAUUUUCUCUGAUGAGUCCCUACCUGCAAGUUCAGUGAACAGACUUUAACGCCAUUUUCUGAGUAAAGAGUUUGAGUUUUUAAUUUAAAGGCAAUGUACAGUUAUACUUUUUUAUAUGCUCUUCCAGUCACGUAAAUUAUGGCCUAGAUUGAUCCGAGAUGUUCUCUAUGUAAGGUGUCUCCAUUUCUCUGCUUUGUCCAGAUGUGGGGCUGCUGCAGCAGGGGUUCCAUGGCAAGUGCCAGUUGCAGGGGUACCGUUUUGCAGCAUUCCCCAACAUCACCAUGUUUAGAAAUUAUUUUCACUAUUCUUGCUUCAGUUUUUACAGAUUAACAGUUUUAUUAGUGAUUUGGAAAGUUAAAAGAAGACUAACUUUUCAAAGCAGCUGCAUCUGUAGAUUAAGAUGCUUUCCAUUAGACUCAUGUCUUGAUGUAUAUCUGUAUAUAUUAUUUGAUAUUCAGAGAAUCUAUAAAGCUCACCUACUGUUGAAAUGAGAGUUGGUGGCUUCUGACAGCAGGUAUUGUUACCUGCUUGAAGCCCAUGGCAUUGAGGACAGGCAUGGCUGGCCGACAGCCUCCUCCCAGUUAAGAUGUGGCUCUGGCCUCUGAGUGGAGGCUGCUGAGAAGACUAAUUCUCACUGGCCAGAGCUCCAGCUCCAUGGCAGAGUGCUGGAAAAGCUCCCAGGUCUUUGCUGUCGUCACAGGCUUCACAGUCCUGUGCCACAGUGCACUGGAGAGUUCAAGGGGUUCCACCCCCAGCACACGUCCCUCCAGGUACCCUUGUCCUCCAGUACAGUGGGACUGCUCUGAGCCCCAGGGACAGGCUGGGGGCCUUGAUUUUGUUAGCUCAGACAGUGUGCAGCAUUGCACAUCAGCAGCUUGUGUUUCUCAGUGUUUGCCAUGAGCGCCCUGUCACUGUGGCUGUGUGUCAUGACAACUUACCAGCAGAAAUCCUUGUUCCUCAGCUAUCGUCCUUGAUGUUUAGAAAGUCCUUUAAAUGUAUAGUAUUUUAGAAGAAGAACAAAUCAAUAAAGAGUUGAUCUUGAGCGUU